CCAUGGUUUGACUUUGACUGCUAACGUCAAAGCUCUAAGCAAAUUAGUCAGUCAUCAUUAAACUUGAAAAUAGCAAAUUACUUUACGAAUCGUUUUCUCUUGAGCAAUUGUAGGGAUUAAUUUGAGAAACAUGAAUAUCACGUCUGCUGCCGGGGUCAUCUCCCUCUUAGAGGAGCCUCGACCUGAGCUGAAAAUAUUCGCCUUGAACAAGCUGAAUACGAUUGUCGAUGAAUUCUGGCCUGAAAUUUCCGAAGCAAUUGAAAAGAUAGAAAUCUUGCAUGAAGACAAAGUCUUCCAACAGCACCAGUUGGCCGCCCUUGUAGCCAGCAAAGUUUACUAUCACUUGGGGUCAUUCGAAGACUCCCUUACUUACGCUCUAGGUGCUGGUGAGCUUUUCGACGUGAAUGCCCGCACUGAAUAUGUGGAAACCACCUUGUCCAAAUGCAUUGAUUACUACACGCUACAGAGAAUUGCGUUGGCAGAUCGUGUACCCGACACAAAGCCCAUCGAUCCCCGACUGGAAGCCAUCGUUAAUAGAAUGUUUCAGAGAUGUUUAGAUGAUGGUCAAUACCGUCAAGCUAUGGGGCUGGCUUUGGAGACAAGAAGAAUGGAUAUUUUUCAAUCGGCCAUCACACAGUCAGACGAUGUAAUCAGCAUGCUGGGAUACGCAUUCCAAGUAGCAAUGAGCCUGAUUCAAAAUCGAGCCUUUCGAAAUAUAGUACUGCGUUCUCUAGUCGGUCUAUAUCGCAGCUUGGCAACUCCUGACUACGUGAAUAUGUGCCAGUGCCUUAUUUUCCUCGAGGAUCCAGAUUAUGUCGCCGUAAUUCUCGGUAAACUGGUGCAAAGCACCGAAGAAAACCAGUUGAUGGCCUAUCAAAUCGCCUUUGAUCUUUAUGAAUCUGCAACGCAACAGUUUCUCGAGAGGGUUUUGGUCGCUUUAAGAGAAACUGCUCCCAUCCCCGGCUUGCUGGAAACUAAGCCGCUAGUUAAACUGGAUGAUGCGGCAAGCGUUGAUGAGGAAGCGUCUGAUGAGUCGGCUGCUGAGCCAAAACCGAAAGUGGAGCUACCCACACUGGAUAGUUUGAGUCCAAAAGACCGAGAACAUCACGACAGACUGAAAAAAUUGCACACCAUUCUGUCAGGGGAGGUUUCAAUAGAAUUGCAUUUGCAGUUUUUGAUUCGUUCAAAUCAUGCAGAUUUGCUAAUUCUCAAACAAACAAAAGAGACUGUGCGAGUUAGUAUCUGCCAUACGGCAACUGUGAUCGCCAAUGCUUUUAUGCACAGCGGAACUACCAGUGACCAGUUUCUCAGGGAUAAUCUGGAAUGGCUGGGAAGAGCCACAAAUUGGGCCAAGCUAACGGCAACAGCCUCCUUAGGUGUAAUUCAUCGGGGACAUGAAAAUGAAGCCCUCGUCCUCAUGCAGAGCUAUUUGCCCAAGGAAGUCGGUCCUAGUUCAGGGUAUUCAGAGGGUGGCGGUCUUUAUGCGUUAGGGCUCAUCCACGCGAAUCAUGGAGCCAAUAUCAUUGACUACCUACUGGGGCAGUUGAAAGAUGCCCAAAAUGAGAUGGUUAGACAUGGAGGUUGUCUGGGCUUGGGUCUAGCGGCUAUGGGAACGCAUAGGCAAGACGUCUAUGAACAGCUCAAGUUCAAUUUAUAUCAAGAUGAUGCGAAUACCGGCGAAGCUGCUGGCAUUGCAAUGGGCAUGGUGAUGUUGGGCGCCAGAAAUACACCAGCCAUCGAAGAUAUGGUUGCUUAUGCGCAAGAGAGUCAACACGAGAAAAUUCUUCGCGGUCUUGCAGUCGGCAUCUCGUUCAACAUGUACGGUCGUCUUGAGGAGGCUGAGCCGCUGAUUAAACACUUGACUGACGAUAAAGACCCAAUUUUACGUCGUUCUGGAAUGUACACGAUUGCUAUGGCGUAUUGUGGAACAGGCCACAACCAGGCCAUUCGGAAGCUGCUUCAUGUUGCUGUUUCUGAUGUCAAUGACGACGUGCGACGGGCGGCAGUUACAGCUUUAGGUUUUCUUUUGUUCAGAACGCCCGAACAAUGUCCCAGCGUCGUUUCCCUUUUGGCCGAAUCCUAUAAUCCCCAUGUGCGUUACGGGGCUGCGAUGGCUUUGGGAAUCGCUUGUGCCGGUACAGGCUUGCGCGAGGCCAUUGCCCUCUUAGAGCCGAUGGUUAUGUUCGAUCCCGUUAACUUUGUUCGUCAAGGUGCUCUAAUCGCUUCGGCAAUGAUCUUGAUCCAACAGACCGAGCAAACUUGCCCUAAAGUCACAUUCUUCCGUCAAACAUAUGCUCAGGUUAUAGCGAACAAACAUGAGGAUGUUAUGGCUAAGUUCGGCGCGAUCUUAGCACAGGGCAUUAUCGAUGCCGGCGGAAGAAAUGUGACUCUGUCCUUGCAAUCCAGGACUGGUCAUACGAACAUGUUAGCAGUUGUUGGUACGUUGGUCUUCACGCAGUAUUGGUACUGGUUCCCACUGUCUCACUGCUUGGCUUUGGCCUUUACGCCGACCGCCUUAAUCGGGUUGAACGAGCAGUUGAAGAUGCCUAAGUUGGAGUUGAAAUCGAAUGCAAAACCCAGCCUGUACGCCUACCCUGCACCCAUGGAGGAGAAGAAGCGUGAAGAACGCGAGAAAGUACAAACGGCUAUUCUCAGUAUUGCAGCGCGGCAACGGAAACGGGAGUACGAGCGCAAGCACAAGGAUGAGAAGAUGGAGGUCGAUGAGGAAAAAGACGACAAAAAAGCAGCCGAGGAAAAGAAGACUGAAGACAAAAAGGCCCCCAGCACUUCAACAGCAACCGACGACAAAAAAGAGAAAGAUAAAAAGGACGAGAAAGAGGAAAAGAAAAAGGAACCUGAGCCGAGUUUCGAAAUAUUGCAAAAUCCCGCGCGCAUCAUGCGCCAGCAACUCAAAGUGAUCAAUUUGAAUGAAGGCAGCCAAUACGUACCCCUUAAAGAUGUGUCGAUUGGUGGAAUUAUUAUGGUGCGAAAUCUGAAGCCUGGUCAAGAGGAAUUGGUUGAACCAGUUCAAGCGUUUGGACCAAAAGGCGAAGAUGAAAAAGAACCAGAGCCCCCAGAGCCAUUUGAAUGGGUGGAAAACUAGAGUUUCAUACUGUAUUUUCAUUAUAUCCUGUUUUAAAACCGUACAUUGUUCUGCUUUCAUAUUAGUUCACAUUUUGUUACAAAAUAGUUUAUUUUCUGUCUCUAAGUGAAUUAAUACCGUGAUCCAUUAUUAAAAGUCACUUUUACCUA